AUGUCUAUCUGGGCCGAACCACGCCGUUACCUGCUUCCGGGCGCAAAGCUCGUCCACACGGGGGUCUUCCAGAGCUUUGAGAUACUCGGCCGGAAAAACUGCUCGAUACGCCAAGUCUCCGGUCUCAACCGCAGGCGAAGGCGAUCCAAGAAGCUGGUUGCGGCAAACCGAGUGGAGCCCUAUUGGUGUCAGUCUAAGUUCCUCGAUUACGUGCUUGAGAAGCAAAUUGGACCUAUUCUUACCAUCAGCUCCAACUAUCACGUCGCCUUGGAUAUCACCUCCAUCCUCUAA